AUGACUCUCUCUUUACCCUUAGUGGAACCCCAACAACAGCACCAACAAACCACCACCAAUGGUGAGAUCCAAGAGAUCGACAUUUUUCACUUUUUCGAUGUCGUAUCUGACUCAUCAGACCACCACUACCUCAACACCAACAACAUCGACAACGACAACAACAGCAAAAAAAACAAAGGUGGAGGAGAUUCUUUCACAAAUAUCUCAAGUGGGGUUUACAAGAAGAUCAUGCAAGAAUGGAAAAUCCUAGAAAAACACCUCCCUGAUUCAAUCUAUGUUCGUGUGUACGAGAAUCGAAUCGAUCUCUUAAGAGCAGUAAUCAUAGGAGCCGCAGGUACACCAUACCAUGAUGGACUUUACUUCUUUGACCUUGCUUUUCCACCAGACUACCCGGCCCGACCCCCUUUUGUUUAUUACAGAUCAUUCGGGUUACGAAUCAACCCGAAUUUAUACGCAAAUGGGCGGGUUUGUUUAAGUUUAUUAAACACUUGGCCCGGUAAAAGAAGUGAGAAAUGGAAUUCCAGUGAAUCCACAGUACUUCAAGUUCUGGUCUCCAUACAGGCCCUUGUUUUGAAUGAGAAACCAUAUUAUAACGAACCCGGUAAUGGGGUGUUACCGGGCCGGGUCAUAUGGGAGAGGAAAUCAAAUGCUUACAGUGAGAAUGUUUUUUUCUUGUCUUGCAAGACAAUGUUGUUUUUAUUACGAACGCCACCAAAACAUUUUGAGGGUUUUGUUGCUAGUCAUUUUAGGGAGAAGGCAAGUGUUAUAUUAUCAGCUUGUAAUGCUUAUAUAAAUGGUCAAGUUAGAAUCGGGUUUUAUAAAAAUGACGGGUCAUGUUCGAAUUGUAAUUCAUCACCUGUUGAUGCCUCAGAGAAAUUCAAAGGGAUCAUGGGUCAAUUGUAUCCAGAGUUGGUUUCGGGUUUUAAGAGAAAUGGAGCUUCUUUAGGGAAUUUUCUGGAUCAGUUAAAACAGCCGGUCGAGAAAAAAAGGGUGUCAUUAAAGGGCAAAACGGCUCUUAAAACUAAGAAGAGUGGAUUUGCAAGUAUGGUUUUUGGGAAAUUAAAGAAAGUUUUGGGGUUAAAGAAGAAGAGUAAGAGAGGCAAAAGUGGGGUAAAAAAGAAGGGUUCUUGA